GUGAUGGAAAAAGGUGAGACUGCUUCCUGGAUGCACCAGCAAGAACUGGAAGAUCCAUUCGAGAAAUACCUGAACAGCACCUUGGACUGCUUAGCGUUCCUCUGCGGGCCUCAGCGCAGCCACCUCUUCCUCCCUGUGACUGUGGUGUAUGCGCUGAUUUUUGUGGUCGGGGUCGUGGGCAAUCUCCUGGUGUGCCUGGUGAUUCUAUGGCACCAGAAUAUGAAGACGCCCACCAACUACUACCUCUUCAGCUUGGCUGUUUCUGACCUCCUGGUCCUGCUCCUUGGGAUGCCCCUGGAAGUCUAUGAGAUGUGGCACAACGACCCUUUCCUGCUUGGGCCUGUGGGCUGCUACUUCAAGACCGGCCUCUUCGAGACUGUGUGCUUUGCCUCCAUCCUCAGUGUCACCACCCUCAGUGUGGAGCGCUACGUGGCCAUCCUCCACCCGCUCCGCGCCAAGCUAGAGAGCACCCGGCGGCGGGCACUCAGGAUCCUGGCCGCUAUCUGGGGCUUCUCCGUCCUCUUCUCUCUGCCCAACACCAGCAUCCAUGGCAUCAAGUUCCAGUUCUUCCCCAACGGGUCCUUGGUCCCAGGCUCUGCAACCUGCGCCAUUGUAAAGCCCAUGUGGAUCUACAGUUUCAUCAUCCAGGUCACCUCCUUCCUUUUCUACAUCCUCCCAAUGAUUGUCAUCAGUGUCCUCUAUUUCCUCAUGGGGCUCAGACUGAAGAAAGACCAGUCCCUUGAGGUAGAUGAAAUGACUGCAGAUAUCCAGAGACCCUCCAGAAAGUCAGCCACGAAGAUGCUGUUUGUCUUGGUCUUAGUGUUUGCUAUCUGUUGGGCCCCAUUCCAUGUUGAUCGGCUCUUCUUCAGCUUUGUGGAAGAGUGGACUGACUCCCUGGCUGCUGUGUUCAACCUCAUCCAUGUGGUGUCAGGUGUCUUCUUCUACCUGAGCACAGCUGUCAACCCCAUUAUCUAUAACCUAUUGUCUUGCCGUUUCCGGGCAGCAUUCAGGAAUGUGAUCUCUCCUUCCUGCAAACAGUGGCACACUCAGGAUCCACCACAGGGGACACCUGUCCAGCAGAACACCUUCCUGACAGAAUAUCACCUGGUGGAGCUAAACGAAGAUGCCGGUCCCCAAUUCCCUUGUCAUUCAUCCAUCUGCACCUCUCACCUAUCCACAGGUCUCAGAAUUUGACAGGUACCAAGAAAGAAACUCUAG